UGAGGGACAGAGCUAGUUCCUGAAGUGUGAGAGCUGCAGGCGACACACACCACCACAGACAUGAAUCACCUUCUGAAAGUUCCCCUGCUGGCCGGCCGAGCCUUCAGCAGCUCCGCCAGGCAGCUGAGGAACAAAGUCCCCGAGGCCCAGAAACUCUUCCAGGAGGACAAUGGGUUGCCAGUCCACAUCAAGGGAGGAACCACCGAUGUGCUGCUGUACCGGGCGACCAUGACGUUAACUUUAGCAGGAACCUGCUACUCUCUGUACUGGCUGCUCGUGGCCUCCCAGCCUCGGAACAAAGAUUAGAGAGAAGAGCACCCCUGGGCUCUGUCUAUCACUUGGAGGACAGUGUCCGGCUCCAUCUAACACAAGUGCUUUGUUGUACAAAUCUGUUCCAUUUCAUCACAGCCGUCCUUCCUUUGUUGUGACAGCGCAGCGACUGAAUGUGUAAAAACUGUAAAGAAUUAAAACCCUUC